UACAUUGUAGUCACUUAUUACAAGAACGGUUCCCUAGCACGUAAUAAGGAGGACGUAAGAAGGAAAACGCAAUAAGGAGAACGGAAGAAGGAGAAUGUAAGGAGCACGUAAUAAGAAGGACGUAAUAAGGAGCUCGUGUCUUGUAGAGAGCGCAAGGGGAAGGUGAAUUCCAUCUCAAGAAGCCCUCGAGGAUGAUCAGCAGAGCAGUCGUGGGAACAGUUCGGAGGAUAUCAACAACACCAUCAUUCCAUAACAGAAGAGCCGAACCCUUACAUAAAAUGUCUUCCAAUGGACCAGUUGAAUCGGCUAUAAAGAAAAAACUGGUCGAGGCUUUUAAACCCGUCCAUUUGCAAAUCAUUAAUGAGUCCUUUAUGCACAAUGUCCCUCCUGGCUCGGAAACACAUUUCAAGGUCCUUGUUGUUUCUCCAACUUUUGAGAAUGUCCCUCUCAUCAAGCGCCACCGCCUUGUGAAUGCAGCGUUAAGUGAAGAGUUAGCAGCAGGAGUGCACGCUCUUUCCAUUGUGGCACGCACACCAGACCAGUGGGAAAAAAGCUCUCAAGAGAUAGAACAAAGUCCUGCUUGUCGUGGUGGUUUUGGGAAAUGAAGCUGACUCUUAAAACUAUAAAAACUAGAAAAGCAAGACUGAAAUGGGUUCCAGUGACAUGGAAGAUGUGAUAGUACUGAAUUGGUUAUAAUAUGCAAAAGUAGGGUCACCAUUACCUUUUGCUGGAAAAGACACACAAAAUAUUGAUUAGAAACUAUGCAUUAAGCACUCCAUAGGAGGUACUAAACCAUAAAUGUAAUCAAUUCAUCUGAAUUUUGUUGUGAUUGAUUAUAAAUGAUCUUUAUUGAUGUAUAUACAAAGUACAGGUAGUGAAGGUUAAUAUUUUAAGGGAGCUAAAGGACAGAAUUCAUAUCUACAUUGCAUAGUGUUGUAUAAUUUUUUGUUGUUGUGACUUCAAAGCUUUCAGCAUUCAUUGGUUGGAUCUGUGAAAUGUUGAGACUGUUAAAUCUAGGAAAUAUUUGCAACUUGAAUAAAAUUUGGGAUGUAUUUUAUUUUGUAUACAGACAUAAAUAAAAAGAAUACAUCUUUAUAUUCAAAACAUUACUUCUUUUUUUAUUAUAUUAGAAUAUGCACAAAUUGUUGUAUUAAAUAGAAUGUUUGGUAAAAGGGGUAAAUGGAAAUUACUGGAUUUUUACAUGAAUAUCAGUUGUAAAAUGAAAUUGUGUAAAAUGCUUUAACUUAAUUUUAAAUAUAUUUUGAUGUUUACUGAGUACUUCAUAAUUUGAUGUAGAUAGAAGCCUUACCUAGUAAUGUAGUAAAAUGUAAUUUUUAUUACUAAUGGGGUUUUAACCUGGCUCUCUUUCUUUCUUACUUGGUAUUUGAUGAUAAAGCAGCAAACCCAUAUUUCCAUUUGCUGCCAAUAUUUUAAGCCACAGGAGAAG